GUAUGUUAAAUACUGAACUAUGAAUCGAAUAGUAAAAGGAGUACCGGGGCACCAUCCUGUUUUCUCUAUAAAAGGAACCAGCUGAAGCGGUAGAACUCGUCCGCAGUUGCAAGCAGAGCACCUACCAACCCACAACCAUGAUUUCGCUGUGCUUUUUGCUCGCCCUGGCCGGCAGUGCUUUUGGCGUCUAUGUGCCCGUCCACUAUGUGGCUCCGUCCUACAGCGUCGGCCCUGUGUACUCUCAUGUGGUGGGACCUGCGGCCGUAGCGACCGUCCAUUCUCCAGUCCUUGGUAAGGUGACCAGUGUGGGCACCUACCACACCAUUCCGGCCAUUCCCGCGGCAACCGUGUCCAAGGUGUCCACCUAUGUGCCGACUGUCACCGCCGUUCACACCGUUCCCGGCGUCACCACCGUGAAGCACGUUCCAACCUAUGGAUACGGAUUUGGCUACGGAGUCGGCUACCCCCUGGGAACUUACGCUUACGGACUCGGCUAUGGCCUCGCCCCCUAUGGCCUCAACUAUGGCUACGGCCUCAGCGCAAUUGACUAUGCCACUCUUCUCAAGAAGAAAUAUGUUCCUGCGCUUUGA